AUGUAUAGCCGAAGCGAGUACCGAAGAAUGGCGGAAACGAAAGCCAGAGUUGCAAAACAACUUGCAUUGGCCCACGCAUCCGCGGAGGCGAGGCGGAUCCGAGCGGAGAAUCCUGGAAGUGUUAGUCUUGAAAUCAACACCACCUCGCCGGCUCUGGACGUCCCAAACACUCCGGCUGUCCCACCCUCCGUCAAAUUCGCGAAGGGCCACACGACGGAGAGUAUAAAUAAAAAAACCAAUCAGAGCAAGAUGGCUGUCUACAAUGACCCUAUAGACGGUUCUUCAUCGAAGCGUAAAGCCAAUGGCCACGACGACGCUCCGGCGCCUAAGAAGGCAAACACUAGUACUUGGGUACCUCGGGCUCCUGGGCAACGUUACCAGGGUACCGCCAGACAGGCACCAGAAUCACGCCCAAGCACGAUCCUAAAGACCAAGUCGGUGACGCAGCAGAAAGCUCGGAGAAAUGACGCAAUGGAGCUAGAUGUCCAUUCAACUUUGGGAAGAAAGAGAGGUGCUGAGAAUAACUUGAACGAGAGCGCUACUAAGAAGCAGAAACUGAAUGCCCUUCCGUCAUCAAAUUCCCCCCUGUCAUCGAAUCCCGUGCUUGCACAAAGUUCAAAGGCUGGACAGGCAAUGCCAGAAGCACCGUCAUCAGCCGAAGCAGCCUCAACUGCGAACUUCUUCGACUCUCUUUACCCCAAGGACUCAAAAGUCAAAGCAAGUGCUGGUGUAAGUACUGUCUGCACCGUGGGUUAUCUAUGGCUAACUUUUAUAAAGCGUGCUGUUCAUACGACAGAGAUUGUAAGAACCGUAGUCCCACCGACUGCCGUCCAGACGCGACGUGUUGUGCAAACUGCCCCCACUAAGGCAACACCGGCGGUGAAGAAACCAAAAUCACCAACACCGCCAAAGUCGCACAAGAAGGAUGGGAAAGGUCCCGUUGCGAAGAACACCGCUGUCAUCAAGACGUCCCGGAACGAAGAACUAGGGAAGUUGCCCACAUCGGGAGCCACACCGCAAAGGGGCAUUGGUCCCAAAGAGACAACCGCAAGUCGCAAGGGGAUCUCUAGGACGAGAAUACAGACGGGGUUCGAUAAUGAGUCUCCCUCGGCAGAGCAGGUCGCUAAAGCAGCUCCAUUGCCCAAGUCUGAUGGGGAGCUUAUAGAAAACGGGUUGGAGAAGCAGUCCGUCAAGGUCUCCCCUCAGAUCCCGCCAGUGAGCCACAAGGGCCAUAAUGCUUCCACAGAGGGGACUGAGAAGUCAUUGAAGAGGAAGAAGGACACAACAUUCGAGGAGGGCAACACGCACAAGAAGCUUAGGGAAGGUGACGGAAGCGCAACGCAUGGCAAAGAACAUGCCCGGGGGAAGGCAGAGCCAUCUGUCAAGGAGAUCGCCGAGCCAGAGUCAACUCCAGUGGCCAAGGUACGAAAAAACCAGACUCAGAAGCUUCAGAGCCAUGCACGCAAGGCGGGGAACUCGGUCGAUAACUCAAAGACCGAAACAACACAUCAGAACUCGGGGAAGAAGUCACCUUCCGCUGGUAUUUCCGAUCACACAUCGUCAGCGAACCGGACACUUGCCAAGGAGGGCAAGAAAACCUCAUCGAACAAGGACAAGAACACUGAGUCUCGUAAGGAUGCCAAACCCUCUGUUGUUGGGUAUGCUAACCCAAAUGCCAAGAAAGAAGAUUCAGGAGCUAGAGGAGCGGAACCUCGGGGCAUAUAUAACGGAGCAAUGGCCUGCUACAUCAACUCCGUGUUGCAGGCAAUCGCCAACAUUCCUAGGAUGGCCGACCACUAUCGGGGUUUGGCCAACCAAGUAAUCCCGGAAAUAGCGGAGUAUGUUGCUCUCAAUGCAGCGAACUGGCAGGGCGGUGACAAUAAAAAUAAAUAUAAGUCAAAGGCGAAGGGGAAACUGAGGGUACUCCUCGAGAGGAACAAGUCGAAGAUUUGCUUGGGCGCUUACCUCGGAGUCCUGCUCAACGAGAUGCUGGACCCGGACCCAUUGGCAGAGGCACCGUCUUCAUACGUGUUUAGGCAGGCAUGUGGAGUCCUUUUGGCGAACGACAAAGGGGAGCGAUACGAUGGAGAAGAUCAACAAGAGUGUAUGGAGUACUUCGAGAAGCUCCUUGAUCAUCUCGACAUCGAAGAAGUGGACGGGCGAACCGAAAACUUCGAGGCCCCCUCUCUGGUACAAGAGCUCUUCGGCCUCGAGGCCAUCACAAAGGUCCAGUGCCGGUCCUGUGGCCAUGCUUGGGACUCCUGUGUUGAGAAGAAGUUUGCCUUCACCACAAGUAUGCCUAGCACUAAAAACUUGCCUGAUCGCGAAAGCAGGGUAUGCAUCACAGAAUGCCUGGAUGCGUACUCUAAUCCAGACAGUGUCGACGUUCACUGCAAUGGCUGUGGUGAAACAAGCAGAGCCUCGAAGUGGAUGCAGCUCAAAGAUUUGAGCCCUUACGUCUUGGUCAACCUCAAUCGUGUAGUGGUCCAUGGAAGUGAGAACCAGAUGGAGGCCACCUUCACGCGGAAUCCGGACACCGUCAGUCUACCACUUUCGGAGGGUGUGACGAUGAAGGAUGGGGUAGAAGACGUUCAGUACGAGGCCAUCGGUACCAUCAAACACAGGGGCAUAGACUUCUCCGGUGGCCAUUGGACAUCUUGGAUGAAGAUUGAUGGUCAAUGGUGGUGUUUUGACGAUGACCACGUCGCCAAAAAGGAAUCCAAACGUGGACAUCCGGUCACCUGCAUGGUACGUCCUGAAGAGGUCUGCAUGAUCUUUGAGCUGUCUGCUGGAUAA